AUGCCGAUGGGCCUUCGCCGCCCUUUCUGCCGGGGGCGGGGGCCAGGGCCGGCUGGCCGCCCCCGCUUCAGGCGGACCAGGGAGGGGGGCAAUGGCCCUGCGUGCUCCUCGGACCAGGGAGAGAAACGCCCCGGGCCAGCAGAACUCAGAGAUAGCCAUUGUCAAGUGGAACAGCUCCCUGGGCUCUUCUCAAUGGGUAUGAGAAGCACCAGGGAUGUGCUAAUGCCAGAAGCUCAAGCAGAAGACAACAGGUCCACCUUCGUCCAAAUUCUGACUGUGGCUACCCUGCAGUGCCUUGCCUCUGGGAGCAAAGUAAAAGUCAGCCUUGAAUAUUCAGAGAAAAGGCCAAAGGUCAAGCAUACUCUAAAGAACCUGAGAGUUAUUGCUGCUCCCCAUAGAAACAGCACUGCUUUCCCAAGCUGUCACCUAACCUCCACAUCCAACUUUCAGAAUGGAUCUCUUCUAACAGGCAAAGCUUUUUUACCAGGGAUCUUCCAAUGUAAGGUCUACCCAGCAAUGAGGACUUCAUUAAAGGCUUUUCCCACCACUACCACCUCCAUAACUCCAGGGAAUAAAGAAGGAGAGAAAACUACAAGUAUUGAUGAUUUUUCUACCCCUUUGAAACAACAAGACACAGAUGAAAAUCUAGAGAAGAGGCAGAAAUGGAGCAUUGUGGUCAAAUUUCUGAUUGCUGGCACUCUGUUGUUCAGUGGAAUCGCUAUUACAGUGUUUGUCAUUUUUGAAGUUCCAUGUCCUUGUCAAUGCCUAAGAACCAGAGAAAUAUGCCAAUGCCGGCGAUUGUGGGGAAGGCAAAAGAAGGAAGGCCAACAACCUGAGGCAGCUGAACCCCAGCCACACUCUCAGCCAGAGAAGGAAAGUGUCCUCUAUAUGGUUUGUGCAUUUGCUUGGAGAAAAUGGGGCUAACAUAUAAGUGCUGGGAGACAGGAAGCUGCUUCUGUUACGAAGCAAAUGUGGUUAAUUGUUUUUAUGUGUCAGGAAAUAGGUAGGUAUUUGUACUGCUAUUUUCUUAACAUUAGCCCAGCCAUAACACGGUAGGGUACGUACUGAAAAUGCAGAUUCCUGGGCCCCAGAUAUAAUGAAUCAGCAGAAUGAAUCAGGAAUUUUUAACAUGCUCCCUAUGUAGAGGUGACUUUACUGUAAAAUUAAUGAUGCUUAAGCUUCAGGAACCAUGGGAUCUUGUAUCCAAUUUUGUAUUUUAAAAAGUAUAUCAUUUUUCUUUUUAAAA